AUGGCAACCCCGGCCCUCGUCCUCGACGCACUUCGCGAACAUCUCGAACCCACACUCCUGACCAAGCGUCUUCCCUCCGUCCUCCAGCUCGCCGCGCACCUAACCCUCGUCCGCCAAAGGAUAACCCACGAAGCAAGCAUGCUCGAAGCCGCCCUGGCCGACCUGGACGUAGACCAAACCGGCAUGGAAACACUGCACCGCCUAUCAGUGGCGGACGGGGACGCCCUCUUCGAGAUCAGCCUAGACAUGCGGCGCGAGCAACUCCUCUCGGCGCUCGCCGCGGGAAAGGUGGCUACGGUUGAGGGGCUGGUGGAACAGUACCUUCCUGAAGUGGAGACGACCGAUUCGCACAAGCACAUCUACGUUCGAGCGAUGGAGGUGCAUCAAGUCUCCGUCAUGGCGGAGGUGCGAAAGGAAGUUCUGGAGUUGGUCCAGGCUACUAAAGCUGGUCAGCAGCCACAGAUACUGCUUGGGCAGACGCUCAAUGAGCUUGGAGUGGAGAUGAUGGGCGUUGCGCGGAGUGUGGUGGAGGAUGCUGAGGCUUUCAUGGCCCUCUUCCCGGGAGAGAGGAGACGGGAAUCUCUGCCCAUGCCGCGCAGGGAUAUCCCUCGCAGACACGCGCCUCGGAUGACCAUGCCUGCACCCGCGUCGACUUUCGACUAG